CACGGCGAAAAGAAAAAUAUUUUCUCUUCAAUUAGGCCUAGCUAGAUAGGCCAUGUCAAAGCGGAUAAUGUAACAUCUUUAGAGAGUUGUCUGUUGGCGGCACAUACCUGUCAUUCUGGGACGAUAUUUAAGUUGAACUCUGCUUGUUGAUUGCCGAAUAUUCGGCCACAGGUGCUUGAAAUGUCCGACUCCGAAGAUGAGUCGUCUGACAAGCAACUGAAAAUCGUCAUCAUGGGAGACGGAGCGUCUGGCAAGACGUCUCUGGCCACCCGAUAUUCUCAAGAACAGUUCAAGAAGCAGUAUGGGCAGACAGUUGGGCUGGAUUUCUACCUGAAGAGAAUAGUUCUGCCAGGCAAUGUCCACGUAGCCCUGCAGGUGUGGGAUAUCGGCGGACAGACACUGGGAGGGAAGAUGCUAGAGAACUACAUCUAUGGCAGCCAUGGUGCCCUGCUUGUGUACGACAUCACCAGCUAUGCCAGCUUUGAGAACCUUGAAGACUGGUACAACAUGGUAAAAAAGGUCUAUGGAAAGGAGUCACGACUACCUCACAUGGCUCUAGUUGGAAAUAAGAGUGACCUGGAACACAUGAGAACAGUGAAGCUAGACAAGCACCAGAAGUUUGCUCAGGAGCAUGGCAUGUCUAGCCAUUUUGUGUCUGCUAAGACUGGAGAUACGGUGAACCUGUGUUUCCAACGCGUGGCAGCAGAGAUUCUGGGAAUCAAGUUGACCAAGCCAGAAGUUGAGCAGCAACAGCGGGUUGUGAAAGCCGAGAUCAUCCAAUACAGCAAUGAUGCUGCAGCCAAACCCAUCCCCACACAGACUAAAAGUUCCUUCUGUACACUCCAGUGACAGCUGAAUCCUCUACGAUGGUUACAGUAUCGGCACUGUGAUCACAUGCUCAGCACUAAAGACCAGGACUUCAAGCUCCACACAGUGUUAUUCCUGCAUGCUCUACACUACUGCUAUUACUUCUUGCAACCCUGCAUGGAGUUACUUGUUACUUUAAAGCAGACCUGGCUGUGCAUGUAAACAUUAUCCGCGGAUGGAGACAGUGUCCUAAAAUUGCUGACCUAGACACUUUUAUCAAUUUUGGGUAUAGAUGAAACAGCAGGUACAUGUUGCCCAGUUGUUUAAAGCACUGCAGUUUGCAUAGCAGAGAUGCAUCUCUUAAGUAUGCCAGAACCUGCGAUUUAUGGGUUUGAAUCCCUGUUCGACAAAUUAUGUUUCUCAGCAUUCUAUCUUGGAAGUGGUAAAUGCCUGCAUUGCUUCAGUAUUUCUCCAAACUCUUAGCUACUCUGAGAGCAAUGUGUGACUUAGUUGGCAUCUUGAACCAGACCUGACAGAAACUGUUCCUUUUAGAACACCCUUUUAAAUAUAAUUAGCCAUAUGCACUUCACAACUACAGAAGUGGGCCGGUGGGGUAGCCUAAUGGUUAAAGAGUUCACUCAUCAUGCCAAAGACCUGGGUUCGAUUCCCCAAAUGGGUACAAUAUUGUGAAGCCCAUUUCUGGUGUCUCCUGCCGUAAUAAGUCUGUUAUUGAAAAAGGUCUGUGCUGCAGAUUUGAAGAUGCAGGUAUAGUGUCCUGUGUUAAACUGAGGCAUUCUUGCAAUGUAACUAGGGCUAUUAGGGUAAACUUGUCUGCAUCUAUAAAUUUGCUUUAGCACACACCAAAUGUGUUUUUCACAACUUGAAACUAAGCUGCUAUCACUGGCAAAUAUUCCCAACACCUUUAAAGUAAAUGAGUUAAGAUAGCUAUGUCCUAAUAGCUGUGAUAGAGGCAUUGCCAUGGCAACAGAGGCAUUGCCAUGGCAACAGAGGACACAGGAGCUUGAUGUAGAUAGAAACAGUCAGCAUGACACUGAUCUGAUGGUGUGAGAUGGAAGUGUGUUUGAUGCAAUGAGUAUGAACUUGUUACCUGGUGUAGUAACAGAUAUUUUAAUGUGAGAGACUGGUUCUGUGGGUUGUGAUACUACAUGUUCUGGGGGAAAAGAAAACUUUCGUCUUGUUCAUGAAUUUACCUACUUUGUGUUUGUUACAUUUGUUUUAAGUUUUGUGAAAAUCCAAAGCAUAUUUAUUUAUUGUUUGUUCAGACAGAUCCAUUUGAUGUUAUUUUGGGGCAAUAUUACAUUGUCAUGCUUGUAUGUAGUUAGUAGCAAAUGUAAUAAUUGUAUGAAAUGCUACCAAAGCACCUAACAAUAUUCACUCACACUCUGAACCUGCUAAGAUUGUCACGAUAUGGCUGCAAUAUUGCCGAUGUGACGUUAAAUAUUAACUCACUCACUCACUGAACCUGCUAAGAAACGUUAGGGGAGCAUACAUAACCGUGGCAACUGCAAGGUGCUUGGUACUGAUCAGAGUGGAUUUGUUAUUUAAUAUGAAUGUUUAGUUAUCAGUAACACAUGUUGUGCUCUAAGUAAAACAAUACUUCUGACUAGUGAACUCAUUUGACAGCUUCAUCGAAGGCCAUGAAACUUUUUAUAUGAUUAACUAUUUAAUUAGGUACAAAGGAAAUUGUAAAUUUGGUUUGUUUUCAAAAACCUGGUAUCACCUGAUAUUAUAUAUAUUUUUAACCAUGGAUAUAAACUGAGAUUGCAA